AUGGGGCAUCUUUCGACGAGGGAGUCGGUGUCGCUCUUCUUCUCGGACAUGGCGUCCUUUACCAGUAUCGUGGAGUCUUUGAAGCCAGAGGACACGCUGGUGCUGCUGAGUCGCUACUUCAACGACAUGUCCGACGUCAUCGACCGCUUCGGGGGCGUCGUCAUCGAGUUCAUCGGCGACGCCAUCUACGCGGUCUUCGGGGCGCCCAUCCGAAACAACAACCACGCGGAGGCCUGCGUCAAGGCGAUGCUCAAGAUGCAGCGAGGUGUCCAGAAGAUUAACCACUGGUCUCAACAGCUGGGCCUGCCGCACGUGAGCAUUCGCUGUGGGGUCCACACCGGCUGGGUGCGCGUGGGCAACAUUGGCUUCCACUCCCGCCUGAAGUUCGGAUGCAUGGGCGACAACGCGAACGUCCCCUCGCGCCUGGAGGAGCUGAACAAGAGCUACGGCACAGGGAAUCUCAUUUCCGAGGCCACCUGGAACAGGCUGCCCCGUGAGGAGUUUGUGCUGAGACCGGUGGACUUUGUGGACCUCUCGUAUGGCGAGGAGUUGGAGGAGAUGGUGUUUGAGGUGAUUCAACACCUGGGCUCCUCCCGACCAAGCCCUAGGUUCAUUCUCCGCGACACGCUGUCACGCAAGUACGAGCGAGCCUUGAAGCUCUACGUGGACCGGAAGUUCGACAAGGCCGCGGGCGCCUUCCGCGAGGUGAGCCUUCAGAUGGGUCAGCACCUGGGGAUCUUCGACAAAGCCUCGGUGGUCAUGCGGAAGCGCGCCAGCUACUACCAGUUUCACCCUCCGCCUAACACCUGGCGGGGCAUUUGGAACUUGUCCCGGGAGCCGGAUGAGAAGGACGGCAUCAACGAGGAAGCUGUUUUCGUUUGCAUCUAG